GAACCUUGAUUAUCUGACAUUCCGAACAUGACGGACAUGUUUUGGUGUAACACACAACAUUCACUGGGGCUUGAAGUGCCCCUGCCCGACAUGUGCAUGCCAAAUCGCAUUUCACCUGCUCGUUUAAACACUCUGAGUGUUUUUAAGUAAGUUAUAGAAGGCAGAAUUCCUUGAGAUUCUUCUAGCUGCUUCUAAAUCAUGAGUGGCUCCAAGCCAGACAUCCUGUGGUCUCCCCACCACCCGGACCGCUAUGUCAUCUGUGACUCUGAGCUGGGACUGUACCGUAUUGGACCUGUGGGCAGCUCAGAAACCAAGGCUGGCACUCUCCCUCUCUCUGAAGAAACUGCUGCUACUUUACUAGCCAUUAACUCUGACACCCCUUACAUGAAAUGUGUGGCCUGGUACCCAAAGCAUGAGCCUGAGUGUUUGCUCGCUGUUGGCCAGGCUAACGGCAGAGUGGUGCUCACCAGCCUGGGUCAGAGCCACAACUCCACGUGUAAAGAGCUGGUGGGGAAAGAGUUUGUGCCCAAGCAUGCCCGUCAAUGCAACACUUUAGCCUGGAACCCGGUGGACAGCAACUUGCUGGCUGCUGGGUUGGACAAGCACCGGGCAGACUUCUCUGUCCUCAUAUGGGACAUUAGCAGUAAGUUUUCUUCAGAGGCCAGUGUAGCGUCUGAGAAGAUUCGUCUCUCAUCUGUGGAUUUGGAUUCGAGCUCAGUAGUGACCAAACCAUUGUAUGAGUUAGGCCAGAACGAUGCUUGCCUGUCCCUCUGCUGGCUGCUUCGUGACCCAAAGUUGCUGUUGGCUGGCAUGCACCGGAACCUCGCAAUAUUUGACCUGAGAAACACAAGCCAGAAAACUUUUGUCAACACUAAGGCCAUCCAGGGGGUGACAGUCGAUCCACACUUCCCUGACCGUGUGGCCUCUUUCUUUGAGGGCCAGGUGGCCAUCUGGGAUCUGAGGAAGUUUGAGAAGCCCGUGCUCACGCUCACUGAGCAGCCUAAACCGCUCACUAAGGUUGCUUGGUGUCCAACCCGUAACGGUCUGCUGGCCACGCUGACACGUGACAGCAACAUCAUACGCUUGUACGACAUGCAACACACUCCUACACCCAUUGGUGAUGAGACGGAGCCCACCAUCAUCGAGCGAAGCGUGCAGCCCUGUGAAAGCCAGAUUGGCAGCUUUGCCUGGCACCCGUCUUCUCAGAAUCGCAUGGUGGUGGUGUCAGCAACCAACCGGGUCAUGACUGACUUCACCGUGUUCGAACGCAUCUCGCUGGCUUGGAGCUCCACCACCUCGCUCAUGUGGGCGUGCGGCAGACACCUGUACGACUGCGUGGAGGAUGGAGCUGAAGGAGUGGAGAGCGUGAUUGAGAAAGACAUCGCCACUAAGAUGAGGCAGAGGGCUCAGUCCAGGUACGGGCACGACACCGUCCAGGUGUGGAGGAACCACCUGCUGGCGGGAGGGAACGAUCCCCAGCUCAAGUCCUUGUGGUAUGAUCUGUUCUAUAUGAAGCAGUGUGCAGAGGAUAUGGAGCUGAAACUGCAGGGGAACAAACAGUCGGUGGUCUACUCUGGCAUCAAGAACAUUGUAAAGACCAGCUCAGGCACAAAAGAGAGCCGGAGAUGCUGGAGCGGUUCUGACCGCCAGACAGAUUUGCCGCGGUACGACAGCGAGGAACGCUGCCUUGCCCUGCGGCUCUGCGGCUGGCUGAGCCGGGGUCCCGACAUCGGCGUGGAGAUGUUCCUGCGAUCGCUGGAGCAGGAGCGUGAGUGGGAGCGGGCAGCCGCCGUGGCUCUGUUCAACCUGGACAUCCGCCGGGCCAUCCAGAUCCUAAACAAGGGAGCCACCGCUGAGAAGGGUGACCUGAACCUAAACGUGGUUGCCAUGGCUCUGUCAGGCUACACCGACGAGAAGUCCUCCCUGUGGAGGGAGAUGUGCAGCUCUCUGAGGCUGCAGCUGAAGAACCCCUACCUUUGCGUCAUGUUUGCCUUUCUCACCAGUGAGCCUGGAGCCUAUGAUGGCGUGCUGUAUGAGAGCAGUGUUGCUGUACGGGACAGAGUUGCCUUUGCCUGUAUGUUUCUCAGCGACGCACAGCUGCCUCGAUACAUGGACAAACUAACCAAUGAGAUGAAGGAGGCGGGCAACCUGGAGGGCAUCCUGCUGACGGGUUUGUCUAAAGAUGGCGUAGACCUCAUGGAGAGCCACGUGGACCGCACUGGCGAUGUCCAGACUGCCAGCUUCUGCAUGCUAAAGGGUUCCCCAGGUGAAGUGUUGAAAGACCCUCGAGUCCAAUGCUGGAUCGAAAACUACCGCAACCUGUUGGAUGCAUGGAGAUUCUGGCACAAACGGGCCGAGUUUGACAUCUAUAGAGGCAAAUUGGACCCCGGCUCCAAGCCACUGGCCCAGGUGUUUGUGAGCUGCAACUUCUGUGGCAAGUCCAUCUCCUACAGCUGCUCGGCGAUGCCCCACCAGGGCCGCGGCUUCAGCCAGUACGGUGUCAGCGGGUCACCCACCAAGUCUAAAGUCACGAGUUGCCCCGGCUGCAGGAAACCGCUGCCACGUUGUGCUCUCUGCCUCAUGAACAUGGGAACACCUGUUUCUAAUUGCCCAGGAACAGGGAAGUCAGAUGAGAAGGUCGACUUGACAAGGGAGAACAAACUCGCUCAAUUCAACAACUGGUUCACCUGGUGUCACAACUGUCGACACGGCGGCCAUGCUGGCCACAUGCUCAGCUGGUUCAGAGACCACACAGAGUGCCCAGUGUCUGCUUGCACGUGUAAAUGCAUGCAGCUGGACACCACAGGGAACCUGGUGCCUUCAGACAGCAGCUAAACAGGAUACGCUUGUCGAAAAGAGAAGCCCAACAUCAGCCCGAAGCCAACCAGUGCAGGUUCACUGCUGCACCUGCCACACCGACAACUGGGCAAGAGACAAAGGGUGCCAGCAGUGUUAAAUAGAAUGACAUACUGAUAAGUUAUAGUCUAGUGAAUGUAAUU